CACCAACGCCAACACCCAAACCAACAAAAGAGCGCCUAACAUACAUCACACACUCGAACAAGAUGCCUCCAGCAGACUCACCGCUAGUAGAGAAGCGCAAUGCCGCCCGCGAAGUCGUCGAUAUCCUCGAUGAAAUCGCAACGCUCCUCAACACGAAUCUUGACCGGCACACGUUGAGUCUUUGUAUCAGUAUGGUGGAGAAUGGAGUUAAUCCCGAGGCAUUGGCUACUGUCAUCAAGGAGCUGAGGAGAGAGGCUGAGGAGGGAAAGAGGGAGUUUGACCAGGCGCAGAGAUAGGGUUGGGGAUGGGAUUGCAGGCAUCGAGCCUUACAUGAGGCCUGCGGAGGCUGUCGAGGGAGUUUGGGUGAUUGGGAUGAUACCAUGCAUACACUGGCGUUUUUAUGGGCUGUCAAGCUCGAAAAGGACGAAUGGACGAGGUUAUGACAAAUGAUACUCUCUCCGAGACCGAACAUAAAGCUUCUAUGCGUGUAGUAAUUUGGAUAUUUGAUAUUUCUGCUGCCGCUCAUUAUAUUGCUACAUGCGGUCCUGUCCAGAGGAG